AUGAAAUUAUUUAACGUCUUCAAUAUUUGGUUAUUAUCGUUAUUUAUUGGGCAAACAUCAGGUAUUUCCUACAAUCAACCUAAACUUUGUGCAAAUGCAUCAUGGAAUUCUACAGCGAUAACGUUUGCGACUAGCGCUACGGUUGGUACAGGCCCCUAUGGUAUUUUUGUCAAUUCAAAUAAUACGGUCUAUGUCGCUGAUCAAUCAAAUGCUCGGAUCCAAGUAUGGCUUAGUGGCAAUAUGACACCGUCAAGAACUGUGUCCGGUGGUUUAACCAAACCUUUUAGCCUUUUCGCCACAGACAAUGGUGAUAUUUAUGUCGAUAAUGCCUAUUCAAAUAUGCGAGUAGACAAAUGGGGAUCAAAUUCAAAUAGUAGUGUUCCAGCGAUGUAUGUUUGCUCACAAUGCACUGGUGUUUUCGUCGAUAUUAAUAAUAUGCUCUACUGUUCAGUGUUUACUUCUCAUAAAAUUAUCUCGCAAUCACUGAAUACACGUUUGCCUGUCUGGAAUACUGCUGCCGGAACGGGAACUGCUGGAGCAACAUCGCUAACACUUAAUUCUCCUCGUGGGAUCUUUGUCGAUAAUAAUCUUAAUUUAUACGUGGCCGAUGGUAACAAUAAUAGAAUUCAAAAAUUUUUAUCAGGACAAUUAAAUGGAACAACAAUACCAACUGGAACUAUCACAUUGAAUAUUCCAACUGCAGUUGUUCUUGAUGCUGAUGGAUAUCUCUUUAUUGCUGAUUGUAAUAACCAUCGUCUUAUUGGUUCAGGACCUUACGGAUUUCAAUGUAUUGCAGCUUGUUUUGGACAAGGAUCGUUAUCGAAUCAGUUAAAGUACCCAGCAAUGCUUAGUUUUGAUAGUUAUGGAAACAUAUUUGUCACUGAUUCGGACAAUAAUAGAAUUCAAAAAUUUCUUCUGAUUACAAAUUCAUGUAUUCUUUCUUACAAUUUACCUGAAUUCACUGCCUAUACUACUUGGAGUGCCAACGGAAUAACAUUUGCAAAUACAACUACACUUGGAACAUCUCCGUAUGGUAUAUUUAUUGAUACUAACAAUACUAUAUAUGUAUCUGAGCGAAGUGCAAACCGUGUUCAGGUGUGGCAUGACAGUAGCAGCGUACCCAUAAGGAAUCUUACCAGUGGUUUAUCUAGUCCAUAUUCUAUAUUCGUUACUAUUAAUGGUGAUAUCUAUGCCGAUAAUGGUGGUUCAAAUACUCGAGUUGAUAAAUGGACAUUAAAUUCAAGUACUAGUACUUCAGCAAUGUAUGUGAAGAACUCGUGUUGGGGUCUUUUUAUCGAUAUUAAUAAUAAUCUUUAUUGUUCAAUGAGUGCACUUAAUCAAGUUGUCACGAAAUCAUUGAAUAAUAAUUCAGCUAUGUGGAUAGUUGCUGCAGGUGCAGACUGUUCUGCACCAAGUACGAAUACACUUAAUGGUCCUCGUGGAAUUUACGUUGAUACAGAUCUGAAUUUAUAUGUUGCUGAUUGUGGAAAUAAUCGAAUUCAAUUAUUUUUAUCAACACAAUUAAUUGGAAAAACAGUUGCAACAGGAACUAUUACUCUAAAUUGUCCUUCUGGAAUUGUUCUUGAUGCUAAUAAUUAUCUCUACAUUGUGGACUAUAAUAAUCAUCGUAUCGUUGGGUCAGGACCGAAUGGAUUCCGCUGUUUAGUUGGAUGUUCAGGCGCUUAUGGUGCAGUAUCUAAUCAAUUAUACUAUCCGACAGCUCUAAGUUUUGAUAGUUAUGGAAAUAUGUAUGUUGUUGAUCAAAACAAUUAUCGAAUACAAAAGUUUCUUAUAACAAGUACUUAUUAUGAUGUGACUGCUAAUCAACCAAAUUUGUGUCCAUCUACAACAUGGUAUACAAAUGCAAUUACAUUUGCUAAUAGUAGCAUAGUUGGAACUUACGUAUUUGGUGUUUUUAUUGGUAUUGAUAAUACUGUUUAUGUAGCUAAUCAACAAACUAAUAAGGUUGUAGUAUGGCUCGAAGGAAGUAUUAAUCCAGAUAAAAUUCUUUCUGGUAGUCUGAGUACACCAUAUGAUCUUUUCGCUACUUCUCUAGAUGCUAUCUAUGUUGAUAAUGGUUUAAAUAAUCAUCGAGUUGAUAAAUUUUCAUUCAACUCAAAUAUAAGUACACCUGUAAUGUCAGUUCCUAAUGGAUGUACUGGCAUUUUUGUUGAUAUUAGUAAUAAUCUUUAUUGUGCAGCGUAUACUUCUCAUCAAAUUGUUAAGAAAUGGUUGAAUGAUAGUGUACUCACAUCAACUAUUGUUGCUGGUACAGGUACAGCUGGAUCAACUGCGACUACACUUAAUUGGCCUAUUGGAGUUUUUGUCGAUGCUGAAUUCAAUUUAUAUGUUGGAGAUUGUUAUAACAAUAGAAUACAGAUGUUUCCUCUUGGGCAAUUAACUGGAAUAACGGUAGCAGGAGCAAGUGCACCAGGAACUAUUACACUUUAUUAUCCAAAUGGUAUUAUAUUAGAUAGUAAUGGAUAUCUUUUUAUUGCGGAUACUUCUAAUAAUCGAGUAGUUGGAUCAGGACCAUAUGGUUUUCGGUGUCUAUUUGGAUGUACAGGGAGUGGUUCCAGUUCAAGUCAAUUGAAUCAGCCAGUAAUUUUAAGAUUUGACAGUUAUGGAAAUUUAUUUGUCGCUGAUAGAUAUAAUUAUCGCAUACAAAAGUUUAUCUUAGCAUCAAAUUCAUGUAGUCUUUCUUAUAAUCAACCAACAUUUUGUUCUAAUGCUUUAUGGUCUGUAAAUGCUGUAAAUUUUGCAUCAAGUAGUACAAUUGGUACUUUACCAUAUAGUAUUUUUAUUAAUGGAAUUAAUACUGUGUACGUACCUAAUCGAGUUAGUAAUACUAUUUUAUCAUGGCCUCAAUGGAGUACUACAUAUACAAGUAAUAGUUAUAGCAAUUUGAAUAAUUCAUAUAGUCUUUUUAUGUCUAUGACUGGUGAUAUUUAUAUUGAUAAUGGUUAUUCAUAUGGUCGAGUCGAUAAAUAUACAUUUAAUACAUCAAAUCGUGUUACUGUUAUGAAUGUGAAUGGAAGUUGUUAUAGUUUAUUUAUUGAUAUUAAUAAUAAUCUUUAUUGUUCACUUAAAAAUCUUCAUCAAGUUGUUAAACUUUUACUUAAUAAUGGUACAACCAUCCCGACAAUUGCAGCCGGGAAUGGCUCUGCUGGAUCACUAUCAAAUAUGCUUAAUUCACCUCAAGGAAUCUAUGUUGAUAGUAAUCUGAACCUUUAUAUUGCAGACAGUGCUAACAAUCGUAUUCAAUUUGUUCAAACUGGUCAGUUAGAUGGAGUGACACUCGUUGGUAAUGGUUCAUCAGCAAAUAUUACACUCAACUAUCCAACUGGAAUUGUCCUUGAUGCUAAUGGUUAUCUUUUUAUUGUCGAUAGUUAUAAUCAUCGUAUUGUUGCUUCGAGUUCUACUGGUUUUCGAUGUAUAGUAGGAUGUUCAGGAGGUGGUUCAACUAUUUAUCAACUAUCUUUUCCACAAAGUAUGGCUUUUGAUAGCUAUGGAAAUAUGUAUGUUACUGAUCGAAAUAAUAGUCGACAAUACCGACCACCACCACCACUACUACUACGAGCAGCAGCAGCAGUACCACAACUAGCAUUACUACUACUACCACCACUAAGACUACAAGCAGUAGCAGUACUACAAGUACCACUACCACCAGCACUAGUACCACAAGUAGCACUACCACUAGCAGUACUACUACUAGUAGUAGCAGUACCACCAGCAGCACUACUACUACUACCACCAGUACUACAAGUAGUACUACUACUACCACCACUAGUACCACAAGCAGUAGUACCACCAGUACGAGUACCACAACUACUACUACGACCACCACUAGUACUACAACGAGUAGCAGUAGUACCACAAGUAGUACUACUACCAGUAGCAGUAGCACCUCAAGCAGCACUACUACCACGACCAGCACUAGCAGUACCACUACUACCACUACCACCACAAGUACUACAACAAGUAGCAGCAGUACUACAAGUAGUACUACUACGAGCAGCAGUAGCACCUCAAGUAGCACCACUACAAGCAGCAGCAGUACUUCAAGUACUACUACUACUACCACUACCAUCACUAGUACUACAACAAGUAGCAGCAGCACCACAAGCAGUAUUACCACGAGCAGUAGCACUACUACUACCACUACCACCACCAGCAGUACCACUACGAGCAGCAGCAGUACGUCAAGUAGCACUACAACCACCAGCAGCAGUACUACCAGUAGUACUACCACUACUACUAGCAGUACUUCAAGCAGCACUACUACCACGACCACCACUAGCAGUAGCAGCACCACAAGUAGCACUGCAACCACCAGCAGCAGUACUUCAAGUAGUACUACCACGAGCAGCAGUAGUACUUCAAGUAGCACUACUAUCACUAGCAGUACCUCAACUAGCACCACUACAAGCAGCAGCAGUACUUCAAGUAGCACGACUACUACGACUACCACUAGCAGUACCACUACAAGCAGUAGCACCACUACAAGUAGUAGUACCACAAUUAGUACUACCACCACCACUAGUAGUACCUCACGUAGCACGGCAUCCAUCACAACUUCUCAAGGAUUAG